AUGUCUAUAAAUUUAGUAGAUCCUGAGUUGGAUUUAAUUGAUCCUAUACCUGAUAUUUAUGAACAUUUUAAUCGCUAUAAUAAUCUUAUAUUUAAUAACAAAUUAGGAGGAUGUGAAGUUAAAUGGAGUAAAAGAAUGACUCUUUGUGCUGGAAAUUGCCGUUAUAUACCACGAAGUGGAGAAUGUAUUAUAUCUCUUAGUGAACCAUUGUUAAAAUUAAGGCCGCGCUGUGACUUUGUUAAUACACUUCUUCAUGAAAUGAUUCAUGCAUAUUUAUUUGUAACAAAAAAUAAUCGUGAUCGUGAUGGCCAUGGACCAGAAUUUCAAUCAUGGAUGAAUAAAAUUAAUAAAAUUUGUGGUACUUCAGUUACAAUUUAUCAUACAUUUAAUGCAGAGGUACGCCAUUAUAAGACACAUGUAUGGAGAUGUAAUGGUCCUUGUUCUAGAAGACCACCAUUUUGGGGAUAUAUUAGGAGAUCAAUGAAUAGAGCUCCUUCUAAAAAUGAUUAUUGGUGGUCACAACAUGAAGCAACUUGUGGUGGGAAAUUUAUAAAAAUUAAAGAACCAGAUAAUUAUAGAAAAAAUGUAGUUUCAAAAACUAAUUCAUGUCAAAAUAAUGUACCAAAAAAAAUGACUAUUGUUAAUGGAAUUCUUGUUUCUGCAAAAGAAUCACCAAAAAAAUUAUCUCCAUCAAAUAAAGGUGAUGUGACUAAUGUUGGUGAUAUUAAACCAAUCUUGAAAUAUACAGGUAAUAUUAUAAGACCAAAUAAUGGAAUAAACAGGCAAAAUAAAAAUGGAAGUAGGACUAUAACUCCAAAAAGUAUACCAAGUUCUUCUAAUAGAAUAAUUAAACAAAGAAAUGUUACUAAUUCUAAGGAAUCGCAAAAAAUAAUAAAACCCAAUAAAUCAUCCGAUAAGAUAAUAUUACCAAAAAAUCAAAAUUCUCUUGAUAGUUUUGUUAUACGAACUCCUAAGAAGUGGGAUAUUUCUAGACAGGAAAAUAUAAAAUCUCCUAAAAAAUGUUGUGAAGAUAUUAUUUAUCUUGGUACCUUACCAAAAGGUAAGAAACUUGGUACUGCUCCAUCUAAAUCUCCAUCUUUUUUGAAAAAACUUCAUCAGGAGAGACUUGAACGGAUGAAGAAAUUUUGA